AUGCCCGACGACGCCUCCGACGCCGCGUAUCGCCUCGCCGUCGCGUGCGCCCUCGUUUUCGCCGUCGCCUCCGUCAAGCGUGAGUCCUCCGUCGUCGCCGCGACGUGGACUCUGUCAGCCCGCGCGCGGACGAGGGAGUUUUCAUCAGCGCUCCGGGACAUCAGACAGAGCGCGACGACGCGGGCGUUAUCCACGCUCACCGCGCUCGCGAUCGCGUGUAGCGUCACGAAACCGACGAAGCGUUCGUUUGAGCGGUGGUUCUCGGGAUUCACGAGAGAUUUGAUGACGCCGAGCGCGGACGCAGAGGACGAGCGGAACGGCGGGUGGCGGGCGUGGCGCGCGAAAGCGAGAAAGGCGUUUAGAACGUACGCCAGGGCGACAUUGGACGAUGGUGAACGUGGAACGAUGCGUGGGAUGAUGCGUAAGGUUUCGAACGCGAUGACGGGCGGGGAGGGACGGGUGACGACGGACGAUUGGGUCGUCGCCAGGACGUGCACCGUUGAAGACAAAGCGUUCUUCGUCGGGGUGCUCGGUCUGUGGUGGGGACCGAUCCCGACCGUGUCUCGGGCGCAAAAGGGGAUGAAAGGGAUCGCGGACGCGUACGGCGAACAAAUCAUAGCGAUGGCGACGAGUGGACGGUGA